CCCCCCGGUGGCGCGGCGCGCAGCACGGGCGCGGAGCCUCGGUCGCGCAGCGCCGGAGCCGCGGGCGCGGAGCGGCACCAGGCCCGGCCCGGCCCCGCCAUGGUGGGCCGGGAGAAGGAGCUCAGGAUCCGCUUCGCGCCGGGACGCUGCGAGCUCGUGGAGGAAGAUGUUGACGUUCCCAGUAGGCGAGCUUUGAUCACUGGUGCUACGGGACUUCUUGGCAGAGCUGUGUUUAAAGAAUUCAAUGAAAAUCAUUGGAACACAGUUGGUUGUGGAUACAGGAGAGCUCAGCCCAGAUUUGAACAUGUUAAUCUCCUGGACUCUAUUGCAGUUCAUGAUAUUAUCCAUGAUUUCCAGCCUCAUGUUAUAGUGCACUGUGCUGCUGAGAGAAGGCCAGAUGUUGUAGAAGGUCAACCAGAUGCUGCUUCUCAGCUCAAUGUGGCUGCUUCAGCAAACUUAGCAAAGGAGGCAGCUGGAGUUGGAGCAUUUCUGAUCUACAUUAGUACAGACUAUGUAUUUGAUGGAACAAGCCCUCCGUAUAAAGAGACUGAUGUGCCAAAUCCCCUGAAUUUGUAUGGUAAAACCAAACUGGAGGGUGAAAAGGCAGUUCUGGAAAACAAUGAAGAAACUGCAGUACUUAGGAUUCCUGUCUUGUAUGGAGAGGUGGAAAGACUGGAGGAAAGUGCUGUGACAGUUAUGUUUGAUAAAGUGCAGUUCAGUAAUAAAUCUGCCAACAUGGACCACUGGCAACAGAGAUUUCCUACCAAUGUCAAGGAUGUAGCAGCUGUUUGCAGACAACUAGCAGAGAAGAGAAUGCUGGACCCAUCAAUAAAAGGAACCUUUCACUGGUCUGGCAAUGAACAGAUGACUAAGUAUGAGAUGGCCUGUGCAAUUGCAGAUGCUUUCAACCUUCCCAGCAGCCACUUGAGACCAAUUACUGAUAGUCCAGUUGUGGGUGCUCUUCGUCCCAAGAACGCUCAGCUGGACUGCUCCAAGCUGGAGAUGCUGGGGAUAGGUCAGAGAACACCAUUUCGAGCUGGGAUCAGAGAAUCACUUUGGCCUUUCCUUGUUGACAAGAGAUGGAGACAGACAGUCUUCCAUUAGUUUGUAACUUUUUUAGUAAAAGUAUGGUAUGUGGCACUUUUUUAAAAGAAAAAUAGUUUUGUAUGAGUGUUCUUAAAUUGUGACAUUUAUGAGCUUUCAUUUAAUUGGGUAAACAAAUGGUCUUGCACUAGUGAAACUUAGCCUAAAAAAAGUUCAGUGACUAAAACUGAGCCUGUUUGAUGUCAUGGAUUUUUUCCUUCCAUUUAUACCAGUCUAACUUGAUAUCUGUUCUUGGUGGAUUGAGGUUCUUAGUAAUGAGUACUGUGUGAUGCUAAGAAUGACUCAGAUCACUUGCUGACUUACUUUUGGCUGAAAUAUGUUGUUGAUGCUUAAGGUCUGUGCCAUUGUUGUAUAUACCAUUUCUCUUCAUUAAAAGACAUGGUCAGUUACUUUAUCACCAAAAAUCGGAGGUUUUUGUUUUUAAUUUCUGAAGAUGGUGUUCUUAGGGAGUUAAGCUGAAGUAGGAAUCCUUAAAUGUUUGUUUUGCUUGAGCUCUGAUCAAAAUGUUUUUUAAAAAAGUGAAACUUUAUUUUUGCAAUUAUCAAGUGUACUUUUUAUGCUUGAAAUAUUUUCAGAAUGUUCUGUAAAUUGAAUGCCUGCAGCUUUGUAUUUGUACAGUAAGUUGUAUGCAUUUGUUUUCAUGGUGACUUAAAAAAGCUAGGGGAGGGUGGGGACAGUGGGCAACCAAUAAUUUUGACCUGGGGGUUUUUUGGGUGGGGGAUUGGAGUUGAAGGAUUUUUUUUUUUUGUCUGGGUGGUUGUUUGCUUUCUAUAUGAAAGCACAAAAUAUCUUCAUCCUUCCCUUCCCUUUUUGGGGACAGCAUUUGCAACUUGUUAAAUUAAUGGAAGAUGUUUAUUAGUACAUGGGAGAUGGAGAGGAAAGGUGUUCAAUAAUUUGUAGCACUGCAGCAGCUUUUGCACAGACUGUCAGGCCUGGCACUGCUGCAGCUUGUUGUGGAACAGCAAAGUGUGUGUGGAAAAGGUUUGCAGCAUAAUAAAACUGCAAUAAUCUAAGACAGUCUUUAAAGCUAGAUUCAGUAGCCAGAUAAUGUGGAGGAAGAACACUGUAAAGCUUUGCUUCCUUUUGAAGUUGUAGAAUCAACUAUAUAAAUGUUCUCAUAUUGCUAGCAGAUUAUUAGUAAAGGUAGUAAAAGGUCCAGUUAGAUGGUCAUUUAUUUUUCUGAGGCUGAAAUGACGGGGAAGGGAAAGAUGUUCAGAUUUAAUUUUUUUUAAGUGUGUGGGGGAAACACACACAAAAAUAGACCAGUUGAAGGUCUUGUAAGGGUGAGCUUCACAUUCAGUCAUUUCAUUUCAACUGGCAUAUGCUAAGCAAUCAUAAUCCCAAUCUGUUUUAGUCUGAAGUUCUGAUACACACAUAGUAACCUAUCUCCAAAAUGACAAUAAAUAUAUAUUGCCAGCAUGAGAAA